UCGAAAAUGAGUGACACACCUUCUACUAGUUUCUCCAUGAUUCAUCUGACUUCUGAAGGUCAAGUUCCUUCCCCUCGCCAUUCAAAUGUCACUCAUCCCAUAGUGGCUAAACGUAUCAGUUUCUAUAAGAGCGGAGACCCACAGUUUGGUGGCGUUAGGGUGGUGGUUAACCCUCGUUCCUUUAAGACUUUUGACGCUCUGCUGGACAACUUAUCCAGUAAGGUGCCCCUGCCCUUUGGAGUAAGGAAUAUCAGCACGCCCCGUGGACGACACAGCAUCACCAGGCUGGAGGAGCUAGAGGAUGGAGAGUCUUACGUGUGCUCCCACAAUAAGAAGGUGCUGCCGGUUGACCUGGACAAGGCUCGCCGGCGUCCUCGGCCCUGGCUCAGUAGUCGGUCCAUAAGCACGCACGUGCAGCUCCGUUCUGCUACCACCAUCAUGGCCACCACGGCUCCUGGCAUGCUCCGCAUACCAAGGAGGCUCGUGGUCUUUCGGAACGGAGACCCGAAGACCAAGCAUGUGGUCCUUCUUAGCCGGAGGAUCACUCAGAGUUUUGAAGCCUUUCUGCAGUACCUAACACAGGUCAUGCAGUAUCCUGUGGUCAAGCUGUAUGCCACAGAUGGAAGAAAAGUGCCUAGUCUCCAGGCAGUGGUACUGAGCUCUGGAGCUGUGGUGGCAGCCGGAAGGGAGCCAUUUAAACCAGGAAAUUACAACACACAGAAAUACUUGCUUCCUGCCAAGUUACCAGGAAUCUCUCAUCGUGUGCACCGGAAGGGAAAAGCCAAGAUAGAAAAAAGAAAGAUGAGCACACACAUGCCUUCAGUCCUAAGAUCCCAGACUGAUUCCCUGGCUUCAGAGAAAACAUAUGAUUGCUUUUCAGACUUUUCUGUAGCCCCCGAGAAUUACUUGGCCUUAGAAACACAUGACUCGCAGACUCUAUCAGCAUAUCCUUCUGAAGAUGGUGUUGAGAAAUCGAUCGUUUUUAAUCAAGAUGGUACGAUGACAGUUGUGAUGAAAGUUCGGUUCAAGAUAAAAGAAGAAGAAACUGUUAAGUGGACAACCACUGUCAAUAGAGCUGGUCUUUCUAAUAAUGAUGAUGAAAAGAGUAAGGUAAGUAGUUAUCCUGGAAAAACAGAAGAUGGAUCAUCUAAUUUAAAGCUUGCUGCAUGUUCAUUGUCUGAAGACAUAACAGACACUGCUCAGCAGGGCAGUUUGACAGAGGCAGAAAAUACUCAAAUGACAGAGCAGCAGACUCUGUCGUGUAGCUCGACAGGUUGGGAGAAUGCCUCUGUGGAGACAGACAUUCAGGAAAGCCAGAAACAAGUGAAACACUUUUAUAGACCCCCAACCCCUGGACCAAGGAGAAUGAGGCAAAAGAAAUCUGUGAUAGGAACUGUCACCGUAGUAUCUGAAACAGAGGUUCAAGAAAAGCAGUUUUCUUAUAGUGAAAAACGAAAAGGUGGAGAAAAAUCUGAGUACCGCAUGUUUACACAUUCUUGCAGUAAAACGUCAUCAGUAUCUAACAAACUUGUUCAGAUCGGUAGCAACGAUGAGACAGAGUCAGCAUUAGAAAGAACAAAGGAAAGUGGACCGCUCAAGACACAUGCCCUAAAUGCUGGUGCUAUAGAAAUUACAAGUCAGAAGGUCUUAAAGAUGUGCCAUCACGAUGCUUUACUGUCAACUGUGUCAGAGAACUCAGCUGUGGAAGAGGGCACAGACAACGGAGCAGAGUCAGGCAAAGCCACUAUCAAGCACUUCAGAACUUGUGGUAAUGCCAGGUUCAGUUCUACCACAGCAGAUUCAACUCUUACUUCAGGAAAUAACUGUUCAAAUGACAGAAGUAUUUCUGAGGUUCCUUCUGUAGGAUCUCCUUCGCUCACCACAAGACUUGUUAAUGAAUUUGCUCAUUGUGGUUUAACCGAACAACCAGGAAAUGGAAAGAUUUUAUCCUCUUCUGCCAGCAAGAAAAAGAAGAAGAAAUCUCAGCAGCGAAUGAUAGCUUCCAAGGAUAAGAAAAAAGUGACUGAAACCAAAGGGACCCCUAAUACAUCUGGGAAAAUACACAGAGCAGGAACAACUGAACAGGAAGAACUAUUGCAAGAAUCAGUCUCUCCUGAUGAAAGAAGGAGCAUCUGUGAGGCAGGCCUUAAUACAAGUCCUGUGGUAAUUGAAUCAAAUAAUAUUUUUCCCAAAAGUAAUUCCAAAUUUUCUAAGAAUUUCCAUAAAAAUAAAUUAAAUACUUUUCAAAACCCUAAGACUCAAAAACUUUUAGCCAAACGAAAAUCAAGACCACUAAAGAUUAUAAGCAUAGGAGAACUCAGAAAACAAGAAAUUGAUCAAGAAGAUAAAGUAUUUCUCGAUAGUGACUCUAAACUUUGUGAAAGUAAUUUGGAAAAACAAAGUUUACUUCAUGUGUUUAAUAUCCUUGAGGAAGACCAUAAAGUUUUGCAUAGACCACAGUCUCAAGUGGAGAAAGUAACUGGAAAUUUGAAAGGAAAGGCAAAAAAGAGUUUAGUCCCAAAAGUUAAUGAUUUACACAUAAAUUUAAGAAACCAGAAAAAACAAAAGGGAGUUAAAUUAAUGUCAGGUGCUUUGGUAAGUGAGCAGCAUGUUACAACUGGGCCAGAUCCAUUAGCUUCUUUGAAAAAAUCUGAUUUUCCUGAGGGUAUUCCCCAUCAUUCAGUUAAGAGCUAUGUACAGCGAUGGUUGCAGAACAUAAACCCAUAUCCAGAUUUUGAGCAUAGAAAGUCAGCUCCACUAUGCCAAAAUAGAAGUAAUGUGGUAAACUAUAACAGUGAUGGUUUUCCAGAAAAUAACCUCUAUACAACUCCUUCAAAAGGAAAUAGUUUUUUAAUGGAAAGUAAUAAACACGAUACUAAAAUUGCCAAUUGCUCAGGCAAUAAAAAUCAAGAGACAGAUACAUCUCUUGUUGCUAAAGAUAAUGGGGAAGAGCUUAAGAAACAUCUCUGUGAGAGCCAGGAUGGGUCUCUGUAUGAUUCUUGCUUAGUUUCUUUGAAUGACAAUUGUACUUUGUCACAGACCACUAUUAACGAUCCUGGUACAAAAAGUCAUUUAUCUACUGAAAAGUCAAGACCAGAAGUGAGGCUUGUUUACCAAGAAAUGAACUUUGCUACAAAAGGGCAAAGUAUUGAGGUUGCCAUUCAGGUAGAUACUAUGGGAGAGAAUGUCCCAAAAGACUACUUACCAGUCCUGUUGCUUCGGCACCUGGAAGCUUUUGUUCCUAAUAAUCAGAAACAUCAGAAUGGAAUCUCUCAAAUACCAGGUUCAUUGGCAGAUGUUGUCUUCCCUUCUGCAAUAUAUAAUUCAUCCACAAAUCUCCUUCUGGCUUGGCUUUUGGUACUAAACCUAAAGAGAAAUAUGAAUAGCUUCUGUCAAAGUGAUGCUCACAAGAUGACCAUGAGGUCUUCGGAAACAGCUGCAUUGUUGGACAUUCUGAAGCAUGUUGCCAUCACAGAGGAAGCUGAUGACUUGAAGGCUGCUGUUGCCAACUUAGUGGAAUCAACCAAAACUUUCAGUGGAUCCAGUGGGAGAGAACAAGAUACGAUGCCAGCAGAUGGUACAGCAGCCAGCCUACAUAAUGUGGACAAGUGUAAUGACAAUGAGAGUACCCUGAAGACCCUCUUGGAUGAGGGCUACUCUGUCAGGGGGAACUGUGUUUCAGAAAUGGUUAGCAGGUCACAUAACUCUUCACAUGAGACGCAAACUGUGAGCCUGACUAAUCUUCCAAAAGGGGUAGAAAACCAGAAUGAUGCCUUUUUCACUAGUAACAGUUCCACUGUGAGUCAGAGCUCCACACAUGAUGCUUCUGUCCUAGGAGAGGCCUGUUUCCUUAUAGAUGGUGUGUGUUCCCACAAGGCUUGUGCUCAGAAGAAGAACAUCUGUGAGUCAGCUUGCCCAAGUGAUGAGACUCCCAUUCCUAUCAGAGACUGCAGUACAAUUGACUCUGUGAAUUCAAAAGAAAACAAAUGCACUGAUGAUCUGGAAUUAACUGAAGAAUUCAAAACUGCUGACAAAAUUCCAAAAGAUCUAAGUAUUUUGGCAGAUUCUAUGUAUAAAAAUGGCUCUAAUAUAUCAACUCCAUCUCAAAAGUUAAGUUCCCGAGGUAAACUAAGUAAAACUUAUCUAGAAUCUAAUAAAGACUAUAGUACUCUAGAAGAAUUUCGAAAUUGCCCACUUAAGAAAACUGUGGAUAAAAGAAAAUCUUUUUCUUCUGAUAAGGAAGAAUCAAGGACUUCUGAAGAACCAGGGUCAAUAACCAAUAGCAUGACAUCAAGUGAAAGAAAUGUCAUUUCAGAAUUAGAAUCUUUUGAAGAAUUAGAAAGCCAAGACACAAGUAUCUUCAAUAUGAACGUAAUGGCUGAAAAAAAAGCUAACAAGGAAAUGAUGCAAAACGAAUCAGAGGCUAGGAUGAGUUUGGAUUUGAUAAACAAAUCAGGGAAGAAUAUUAUAGAACAGGAAAGAAGAAAUACUGUGAUUCUGGAGACAGCCAGUAGGGGGCAAGUGACACCACCAUCUUUAGUUGUUUACUAUGAUUCUAAUAAAAACACUGAAAAGGAGAUCAGUGUAGGGGAAACUAAGAUGAGAGUUAAGAUGAUGGUAGACAGCAUGGAAAAUGGAAGUUACUCGGAGUCUUCACUUAAUUUUAAAAAACAUCACAGAAGUUCCGGGACCUUAAACUGGUCAGGUUAUGGAUCAGACAGUGAGAGUGGAUAUCCUUGUAAAGCAUCUAGCAAUGAUCACAAUGGUGACACCAGCCAAGAGAAAGAGUAUCCUAGAGGGGUUGUUAAAAGGGCAAUAGAAAAGCUUUAUGGCAAAGCAGAGAUGAUCAGACCACCAUUUUUCCAUGGGUCGAUGCACAAAUCUCAAGUUUAUCCUUAUAAUCCUGUGGAAGUUCAGUGUGCUAAGAAAACCAAUCUUUGUGAGUCCGAAUGUCAGUCACUGGUCUCUUCUGAACAGGUAUCUAGAAGUUCACUCAUGUUGCAGGAAUUCCAAGAGGAAAGACAAGCUGAGGUUGAUGCUAAUGGCAUGGGAGACAGUUUUGGGGACAACAGCAUAGAAAAGGUUGCAAAACCAAGUGACCAUGGCAGGGUCUUUAUGGAAAAAGAGAAGGAAAAAUUGAUUGACAAAGGCAAAUGGCUUGUGAAAGAAAAUCGUUUGUGGAGGGUGUCAUUGGACAAUUCUGGCAUGUAUGGCAAUGCAGAAACCACAUCAGUGGAUACUCUAAUCGAUAAGAACAGCCUUGAGGUGCCAUAUUCCCAUUUUGCAGAGCUGACUCCUGGUCCAACAAUGGCUGAAUUGUCGUCUUCAGAACUAGAGGAAAUGACUCAACCCCUUGAAGUGAAAUGCAAUUAUUUUAACUUUCCUCAUGGUAGUGACUCUGAGCCUUUUGGUGAAGAUUUUCUAGAUGUGCAGAGUAAAACCUGCCCCAAAGAGAAAAUACCCAAUCAUCACAAAGAGGAGAAGGGUAAUUAUCCAUCUGAAAGAAUGUGUACAUCUGGUACUCAAGUCUUUGCUUCUGCUGGUAAUAAAGUCCACCCUGUCUGCAGUGAUGCUAUUAAAACUCAGCCAUUACCUGGAAGUAAUAUAACUCAUGGCACACUUCAGGAAGGCGACUCUUUGGAUAAGCUCUACGCUCUUUGUGGUCAACAUUGUCCGAUACUAACUGUUACUAUUCAACCUGUAAAUGAGGAAGACCGAGGAUUUGCUUAUCGCAAAGAUUCUGAUAUAGAAAAUUCUUUGGGUUUUCAGUUAUGGAUGAAAAUAUACCCAUUUCUGCUACAGUCAAAGAAAAACAUGUUUACAAGUGAGAGCAGGAAAGUGAGUGUGGGCCAAGCAUUUGCUGAUAAUGUCAUUGGUGAUCUGUGUGAUCAACUUUAUUUCAAAAGCACAAUUGACUUGGUGGAUAAAAGGGCUAGCUCUUUGGGGGAGGACAUUAAUUUGAAGAAAUUCCAAUUAUAUUUAAAGAAAAGGUUUUCAGAUCUUUUGUCCAUGUCAUUUCUAGUCGUGGGGGUUAUGAAUUCUAUUUUAUUAAACCUAAGCAAUUGUACAGAUACCUUCAAAAGUGUUGAUGAGAAAAACAACUUCAUUAACAGAUUACAGAACUCAAGAAAAAAUCCCCACCAAGUAGGAGAAAACACCAGUUGUCACUUCCAAUUGGAACUGUUCGGUGAAGUUUACUUGUUAGACAUUUGCCAAGUUGAGAAAUCCUUAAAUAUCAAAACCAGAAGUAAAUUAGAGAUAUAUUACAUUUUAGAGGGUGAAGUUCUUUUCAUCUGGGAAGAAGAAAAUCAAUUAAAUAUAAUAGAUAUUGAAAGCCCUAAUGAGCGUAAUGGUUUAUAA